GAAUGCUUGAGCAGGUCGUAAGGCAUUUCAAACAACCAAGUCACUUGUCAUGAUUCAAACAGCAGUAGUCUUAAUUGGAACUCAUGGUGGAGUUGGCUGGGAGAUUGGGUGGAGGGAGGGAAUCAACCCAAUCGCACCUGGGGUAGAAUUGCUUUUCCUAGUAGCCAAAUAAAGUCUUAAUUCGAAAGAGGCAAAACCUCGAGAUCUCUCUGGAGCUAUUUACUCUUCCCAAAUUCCCCACCGUCCCAGCGGCCAGCGCCAUUGUCAUUGCCACUGCUUCGGCAAACUCAGGGAGACAGGAAGGUUUCUGUACUGUACUGCGAGGUUAUCCUUGAGAGCUAAUUGGUAUGGAUAAGAAGAAAGGUGUUGAUGACACUGAGCCUGGGCCAGUACCUUCUCGGUCUGUGGACAAAUUUGGUUUCAUUAAGCCAGAACAGGGUAGCUCUCCUGAUGGAGUUUCUAAGAGUGCAUCCAUACAUGAACGUGAACGUGAAAGUGAGGAGAGGAGGAUAAAGAAAUGGAGGAAGAUGAUAGGUGUUGGUGGUAGUGACUGGAAACAUUAUGUUAGAAGAAACCCACAUGUGGUCAAAAGAAGAAUAAGGAAAGGAAUUCCUGAUUGCCUUAGAGGACUUGUUUGGCAGCUAAUUUCAGGCAGCAGGGACCUUUUGCUAAUGAACCCUGGGGUUUAUGAGACACUGGUCAUAUACGAGACAUCGGCAUCAGAAUUGGAAAUAAUUCGUGACAUAUCACGCACGUUUCCAUCACAUAUUUUCUUCCAACAGAGACAUGGUCAAGGUCAAAGAUCCCUGUAUAAUGUUUUAAAAGCAUACUCUGUCUAUGAUAGGGAUGUUGGAUAUGUACAGGGAAUGGGAUUUUUAGCUGGCCUUCUACUUCUUUAUAUGAGUGAAGAAGAUGCAUUUUGGUUAUUAGUUGCUUUGCUGAAGGGAGCUGUUCAUGCACCAAUGGAGGGCUUGUAUCAGGCUGGUUUGCCACUUGUGCAGCAAUAUCUGUAUCAGUUUGAGAAAUUAGUUCUUGAGCAAAUGCCAAAGUUGGGGCAGCAUUUUAUUGAAGAAAUGAUAAAUCCAAGCAUGUAUGCAAGUCAAUGGUUUAUCACAGUUUUCUCGUAUUCCUUCCCAUUUCAUCUAACUGUUAGAGUUUGGGAUGUCUUCCUGUAUGAGGGUAUUAAGGUUGUAUUCCAAGUUGGAUUGGCUCUGUUGAGAUUUUGCCAUGAUGAACUGGUCAAAUUGCCUUUCGAGAAACUUUUACAUGCCUUCAGAAACUUCCCAGAGGAGGCAACUGAUCCUGAUGUAUUAUUACCACUGGCUUUCACAUUCAAGGUGUCUAGCCGUCUUGAGGAGUUGGAGAAAGAGUAUCAGAAAAGAUUAGAGGGAUCCAAUGCAAGCACAAGUACUAAGCGGUCUCAGACUCUCAAAUUAAAAACGAUGAGCAGGAUUGGUAGCCGUGUCUUCGGUAACUCUACUAAUACGGAAAAAUGAUGGACAAAUCUUAUGUUGGUAUAACGAGUCACACACCUUGUUUUAUGUACAUUGUAAAGAAUGACAAUUAUUUGUUUAUCUCUCUGUUGUAUUAUUUUUUUUUAAAAAAAGUUAAACCAGUUUACACAAGCACCAAAGGUGCAAAUGCAUCGUCCAACUGUGUAGUUCUUGAUGCUGUUUUUCUCACGCUGAAGAGUUGUAAGGAAUGUCAAAUUGUAAAUACCAUCUUGUUGAAAAAGAUGGAACAACAUGUUGGUGAAUAAGAUGUAUUCUGUUUAAAUGUUUUCCCAUCA